AUGUGGCCCCAGACCCAUGUGGCCCCGGUCUCUCCUCGGACGGAGAGAGCAACGUCCGGUUUAGGACUCAGAGACAAACCCAGCAGCGACAAGGCCCUGAAGAUUGGGAGAAAACAGGCUGCAGCAACAAAACUCCAGCAAAAACAAACCACAACCAAAGCGGAAGGAUUGAAUCGACCCAAAAACAAACGAAACGAAACCAGCAAGACAACGGUUUCUGAAACUGUUGCUACCACGAGUCCAGAUGAAAGCAACGAUGAGGUAGUUUACAUGGCAACCUACAAUCCUCAUUCUCCUACUCGUCAAUGGGAUAUCAACGACGACAGUAGCUCUGGUGGCUCGAGCCCUCCCCCUGCUUCAUAUUCAGACGAGAACGACCUAUCAUCGGAAGAUGCAGCAUUACAAGGAGCAAUCUAUGAGUCUACGCAAGCAGCUUCGCCCCCAAGGGCAGCCAAGAAUCCACCCCACAAUUGGCUACGAACGGCAUCUCUGCAAGAUGUAAGUACACUUCUUGUUUGA